AUGCCCAAUAUUCAAAGCAAUAACAACUCAUCAUCCAUGUAAUAAACAUGCCUCAGAUCUCAGAAAAUGCGAAACUUAAGUGGUGAUAAUGAUGGCAGUGAAUAUGGUUGCAAGAAUAAUGUCAGUAAUUGUAUAUUCUAUCAAAAUAAAUGUCUCUCAAAAACUUCACUUGCAUUAUAUACUUUCUAAGAUAAUGUGGGUAUUGAGAAUGAAAAACUAUUUUGGUGUGAAAAAGUUAUUGAUUCAAAUGACAACAAAUGCAAAUAUGAUGGUAUUAAAUGCGCUAAUAGACUUUGUAGUGAUUCAGCAACUGCCAGUUUUUAUACAGAUUUUGAUUACAAAAGUUAUUUGAAAACUUGUAAGACUGAUGAUUAUGGAUGUGUUGAUACCAGCAGUAGUUGCAACACUGUUUCAGGAAAUUAGGCCUUCCGCGAAUAAAUGCUUGAUAAUUCAGGGAAUGAUUAUUAUAAGUCGAAUACUGCAGUUGUUACUUAUGGCAAUUGUUAAGUAAGAACCUUUUAUGAUAAUGUAUUUGCUAAAUCUGAUAGAUAUUGUAAUAUUUGGAUGAAAGAUUGCGUAACCAGAGAAAACGUUGUAUACCGAAAGAUAGACCUUGUUCUGAAUAUAGAGGUACAAAAACUUAAUGUGAAGCAUUCAAAUAGUAUUCACAUUAUGAAAAUGCCAACAAAGUUGAUGUAUAUUUAUUAUGUUCUGGAAUGCCAUCCAAUAAGGAGAAUAGUAACUGUAAAGAUAGAGAGUGCACAGACAAUACAGUUGCAACUACAAAUGAUGAAUGCUAAUCUUAUUUGGAUGGAUGUGUAACAAAAGGAAUAGGAUGUGUUUAGAAAUUUUUCAAUUGCUCAGCUUACUGAGGAACUAGAGAUACUUGUAGUAACUUUAUGGAAUCAAGUGGCUAUGAUUAUUGUUACAAUGUAGAAAAUGCAACAGAAACAUCAAACUGCUAAAAGUAGGAUUGUAGCAAUAUUUAAGGAACUAACAACAAAGACUGUAACGAUGAAAUGA